AUCGAGAGAACGAUCCUUCGCUCCUGAUCUGCCAAACGAUGAACCCACAUGGAGGCCGUCCCGGUCUCCCGGCAGGUGUCCUGCCAGGUGCCCAGCCAGGAUCGAUGGGACAGCUGGCCCAGGACAGCCGGGAAGCGCAGCUGUCGGCCCUCCUGAUGGCUCUCGACAAUACCAGCGCGACCCGGUCCCAGCAGCUGUCCGCCAUGAGCAUCUUCCCGGGUCCUCUGCCGAUCGGAGCAGCAACGGUGAUGCCAGAGACUCAGCCUGCGACAGCGCCCGGCAUCUCGCAGGCCGUUCCCACUCCUGUUGCUGUAUCUGCCCAGCCUCAGUCUCAGCCUCAGCCGCCAGAGGAAUCGCCAGCCAGGGGCGAGCGCAUCACCCCGGCUGUGGUCAUCAAAGUCGCUCGAAUGUGCGAGGACGCGGCGUUUGUCGACUCGAUCAAACGGCUCAAGGACGAGCAGCUUCAACUGGAGCGGGACCUUCUGAGACAGAGAAAGGCGCUCAUAGCCAAGCACGAAGACAAGGAAUGGGCGAGCGAGAUUAUUGGAACAGCAACGUCAGCAAGCACACACGAGAUCCGACAGAGGCUCGAAAAGGAACUGAGAAUCUUUGAUCGGCUCAUGAUGGGCCAGCUGGAGCAAAUCCAACAGAUACAGCAGUCGGCGAUAGCCAAGCUCGGGGUUCCUUUGUUUUGGGAGACCAGCGAUCCUGUCGAGAUGCUCACCCAGAAAAAGAUCCUGGGAUACAUCCUCGACAUGACCGACGACGAGACGCACUCGGCCCCGCGUGCUGGGCGAUAAUGUCCUUCUGUACACUACAAUUGCAGCGACGCAGCUGUCACAUCAGUUGCGCCAAACGGUCGGCUCAUAUUGUCGGCUGGGCCCCGAAUCUCAGCGUUCUCACCGAGCGACACAACGACACAACGACAGGAUGUGCC